AUGUCCAUUCUACACUCGGUCCUCGGCUCACUAUCCCCUCCACCCAAAUUCCCAAAGUCUUUCGAAGAUCCACACGCGCGUGAGCACGAGUUACCGCUCUACAACUCACCACCUUCGCCACGCAUACCUCCACCUGUGACUGCGUCAGUUCUUUGGAGUGCGCCAAAGUCAAGCUUAUCUCCGCCGCCUCGUGUUCCUGACGAUCUUCUUGCCAUACAACGGCGAGCACGACAUCUCGAAAAGCAACUCCAGGAGCUGUUAGACGCCCAAGCGGAUGGCUUGAUCGGUGGUCUCAACGGGAGCCAUACGCCUGCAGAUGACCUUGUCUCGAAUGGAAGCACGACACCGACAGUCAGCAGCAUCAAAUCUGCCGAAAGAGUUACUGAGAAUGGCAGCCUUGAACCACGAUCCAGAAAGAAGAAAAUUGGUCUGAACGCCGCAAGGCUAGGGAUAUCGAAACGAAUUAGGCAGCUUGCAAACGUCAAGGCUGAGGAGCUCGAUCUACUUGACCAAGAAUUGAGGAAUCUACAAGUGACGGUAGAGAAGACCGAGACGUGGACGCAGAAGCGCGCGCGAUUAGAGAAGAAGAUCAAGGACAUCGAGGGCGAGAGUGCUGGUGCAAGAGCACAGACAUUACAGGCUGAAGCCUCUAGGCUUGAGCUAGAUAUACGGCAGAAAGAGCAGGAGCUUUGGACGCUGAAGAACCAACACCGGCGGGUAUUGGACGAGCUGGCUGAUACCGAGAACGCUGUGGAAGCGAAACUUUCAUCGUACAAAACGUCGCAGUCGAUACUUGACAGGGAGAUUUCCAAUUUUCUGACUCGACCACCAAUUGCAGGUCAUAUUCCAAUGUCAUCUUCGCCCUUUUUAACACUUCCCGCUAAGCGGCGGACGCUCGAGAUGGCGCGCGAAUUCUGGCAUGACGAAUACAACAGACUAGCUGAAAAGUGCGAAGAAGUCGACGCAGACAGGGGGGCGCUCGAUGAUGGGGCUCAAUUGUGGAAUGACGUGGUGAAGAAGAUAGCUGAAUACGAAACCGGCCUGCAGGACUUCAUGCAACAAGCUGGACGAUCUGAAUCUCAGGAUUCUUCCAAAUUGCUUGAGCAAAUGGAUGCCACUAUUGUUUAUCUCGAGGAGAAAUUGGAAUAUGCCUCGUCCCAGAGUUGGAACCUCCUAGUAUGUGCCAUUGGGGCAGAACUCGAAGCUUUCAAACAAGGCAAGGAUAUCCUGAAAGAAGCCUUGGGCAUGUCUCGGAAAGGCAAAGAGAAGGCUGUAGACUCGUUGGCAGACCACGAUGGCUUUGUACCAGCAGAAGAAGAAAUGACUGGCUCGGCGAUAAGGAUCACUCGCUCACCACCUAAGCCUGCACCGCCCAAACAACGCUUCUUCGAAACUGAUGACGAAAACGAGGAUCCUGACCCUGAGCUUCUGAUAUCCCAACAUGACACUGAUACAGACUGA